AUGAACCAAAUAGUUGCAUCAGAAUAUUUUGAUACAAUUUUCAAAUUCCUUUCGAAUAAUAAAGAUUUGCAUUCUUGCCUUUUGGUUAAUAAACAUUGGGCCACUUGUGCCGUUCCAAUUUUAUGGGAGGCACCCUUCAGAAUUAAAGACAAAAAAAUCCCAUCUUCCAAAGUGAUCCAAGUCUAUCUUGCAUUUAUACCAGAUAAUACUUUUCUCAAAUUAGGAUAUGAAAAAAGAAUUGGGUUGAUGAUUAGUAAACCUCUUUUUUUUAACUAUCCAUCAUUUCUUAAAGAGCUCUCAUAUGACCAAUUCCUUAAUGCUGCUAUAGCAAACAAAUGCUGUAAAGAUAUUAUAAUUGAAUUAUUUAAAAUUCUUGCUAUGAACAGUGUGAGAUUACGCCGAUUUGAUAUAUAUAACUAUCUUAAUUGUUAUUCUGAAAACUUAAAUAAUAUAGGAUCCUUGAUUCUUCCUCAUUUUUCUGAAAGCAUUUCUAUAUUUGCAAGAGACUGUCAUAAUAUAAAAAACCUUAAA